AUGGAUGCUGAGACCCCCACCCGCACCGAGCCCAUGGCGGAUGAAGAGGAGUCUCUGUUCAGCAACCUGGACCUCUUCCUUUUCUCCCUGAUUGUCGGCCUUGUCAUUUAUUGGUUCGUGUCCCGCAAGAAGCCGGAGCCCAUCCCUGAAUUCAAGAAGCUCGACACACCAGGUAUAAUCUGUGAUCUGGACAUCAACGAAAGGGUCAACGCCCAACAGCGAAGUCAGAACACAGAUUUGGAGCCUUCUGCUUGUGAUCGAGGCAAGAACAUCAUUGUGUUCUACGGCUCCCAGACGGGCACAGCAGAGGAAUUUGCCAACAGACUGUCCAAAGAUGCUCAGCGCUAUGGCAUGAAAGGAAUGGCUGCGGAUCCAGAGGAGUAUGACAUGCUGCCAGUAAAUGAUUUGUGGUCGUGUAAAAAAAGCAUCACUGCAGUGCUGAAGAAGUCACACCUCAAUGAUGACAAUCUGAAACUUCUGCCUCAUCCAGACUUUUGGGAACUAUCCCGUCUGUCUGAUAUUAAAAACUCCCUUGCCAUAUUUUGCAUGGCCACCUACGGUGAAGGAGACCCAACAGAUAAUGCCCAGGACUUCUAUGACUGGCUGCAGGAAAAUGAUGACGAAGACCUCUCCGGGCUAAACUACACUGUAUUUGCUUUGGGCAACAAGACCUAUGAACACUACAAUGCAAUGGGAAAAUAUGUUGAUAAAAGGCUGGAAGAACUUGGGGCCAAGCGCAUCUUUGACCUUGGUUUAGGAGAUGAUGAUGGCAACAUACGGCAGUACGAGCUUAAGGAGCACACAGACCUCAACAUGAACAAAGUGUUCACAGGAGAGAUUGGCCGCCUGAAGAGUUUUGAGGUCCAAAAGCCGCCCUUUGAUUCAAAAAACCCUUUCCUGGCCCCGGUCACUGUCAACCGCAGACUCAACAAAGCUGGUGAUAGACAUCUUAUGCACCUUGAACUAGACAUAACCGGCUCCAAGAUCAGAUAUGAGUCAGGAGACCACGUUGCUGUGUUCCCCACAAAUGACUCUGCUUUGGUGAACAAGCUGGGACAAAUCCUUGGAGUGGACCUUGAUGUUGUUAUCUCUCUCAACAACCUUGAUGAGGAGUCCAACAAGAAGCACCCUUUCCCCUGCCCCACCACCUACCGCACGGCCCUCACUCACUACCUGGACAUCACGCACCCUCCUCGUACCAACGUCCUCUAUGAGCUGGCACAGUACGCCUCUGACCCCAAAGACCAGGAAAAUAUGCGCAAGAUGGCCUCUUCCUCACCUGAGGGCAAGGCACUCUACCAGAACUGGGUGUUGGAUGCCAGUAGAAACAUCCUCGCCAUGCUGGAGGAUAUGCCUUCUUUGAGGCCUCCCAUUGACCACCUGUGUGAGCUGCUGCCUCGUCUCCAGGCUCGCUAUUAUUCCAUCGCUUCAUCCUCUAAGGUUCACCCUAACAGCAUCCACAUCUGCGCCGUGGUGGUGGAGUACAACACCAAGACCGGCCGCGUCAACAAGGGAGUCGCCACCAACUGGUUGAAGAACAAAUUGGUCACUGACAACGGCCACAAGUCCACCGUUCCCAUGUACAUCCGCAAGUCUCAGUUCCGCCUGCCCUUCAAAGCCACCAACCCUGUCAUCAUGAUCGGCCCUGGGACUGGAAUCGCUCCCUUCAUGGGCUUCAUCCAAGAGAGGGGAUGGCUGAAACAGCAAGGAAAGGAGGUCGGAGAGACGGUGAUGUUUUUCGGCUGUAGAUAUAAGAACGAGGAUUAUAUCUACCAGGAGGAGCUUGAGGAAGCAGAGAAGAAUGGAGUUCUAACACAGCUCCAUGUUGCCUUCUCCAGAGACCAGGAGCAGAAGGUGUACGUGCAGCAUCUCCUGAAGAAAAAUAAGGAGGCCAUGUGGAAGCUGAUUAACUCUGAAAAUGCUCAUAUCUACGUCUGCGGGGAUGCAAGGAACAUGGCUAAGGAUGUGCAGACGGCCUUCUACGAGAUUGCAGAAGAGCUGGGAGGCAUGACGCGCACCCAGGCCACAGAUUACAUCAAGAAACUGAUGACCAAGGGACGCUACUCACAAGAUGUCUGGAGUUAA